AUGGCUUCUCCAUGGUCUGGUGGCACCCGCCAGGCCGACAGAACGAUCCAAGUUACUGCAAACGCUGCAUUGAAUGAUAGAAAGACCAUGUUCAAGUCCGCAGAGGCAGUCAAGGCUCAGGCGAAGCAUUCGAUAGGAUCCAGCAGUGGGAGAGACUAUGGAGAAGUAGGGCUCAGCAUAUAUGCCCGCCCAUUCGUCCCAGAGAUUCUCACGGUCAUCAACACUCUUCCUGCCCGCGGGUCAAAGUUCACAGUCCCAAAGAAAGCGAUCAAUUUCGCAGACUACGUUAGCAGAUCCUACGGAUCGGUUGCAAGUUUCCUACCCGUCGUACCUCCACCCACCCCAGUUUUCCUCACGGAGGCCAACAGCAGCAGCAGUAUUAGCAACGCGAAGGACUACGAGGAGUUCUUCCAAUUUCACCUCCAUGAGGAAAUUCAAGCUCAGCAGACACAAAACGAGGCGUACUCUCUGUACGGCCAGGAAGUGACGAUCAUGCCCUACUCACCAAAUUUCCAGUCUUUUCAAAACCAAGGAGAGACUAUCUGCUCGUUACGGGUUGCUGGAAUAAGAGAGAAUAGCCCCUUGGUUGAAGAAGAUGAUAUUGUGUACCUUCGACAGCUCGUAUACGGCCAGGACGGCAACCCACUGCGCAUGCGGGAAUGGCUAGAGUGGAGGAAGGCGAUUGCAGAUCAGAGACUUGUGCCAGGUCAGAGCCAAAUGUUCAACAAGGACGGCCAUGCUCCCGGAUGGACAAACAUUCUCUUCGCAGCGCGUGUGCUCAGUGUCUCGCGCUCGAAUGAGUUGCUCAUUCUUCGAGUAAGCGGCCUGCCUGGAUUCAACACAGUGCACACAGAGAGGUUCAACGUGCAAUUCCCAUAUCCUGUCGAGAGAUAUCUUCCGAUGCAGUACGCGCUCCCCAAUGUACGGCAAGGGCUUUCACGGCUCCAAGAAUAUCUCCAACACUCGGGCGCGCAAGAGCACGGUAACACAAGCAGGCUCUUCGACCCGCAAACCGAACAAUCGGUGCCCUGGAUACAGUCAAUGCUUUUCCCAACUCUGCGAGACUGUAAGAUGCAGGAAAGGCUCCACGCAGGCCAGUUCCGCCCGAAGUUCUUCGAUAAAGUGCUCAACUGGGAGCAAAAGAAGGCAGUGGAGGCAGCUUGCGAAGGAAAGUACGGCAAGCUGCCGUAUCUGAUCUCUGGGCCACCGGGAACGGGAAAGACGAAAACCAUCAUCGAGAUUGCAUUGCAGUUGCUAAAGAAUACGAGUGAACAUGGCCACAUCCUCCUGUGUGCACCUUCAGAUCCCGCGGCGGAUACGCUCGCUCAUCGCCUACAGCAGCACCUGAAUACCAGCGAGAUGUUGCGGCUGAACAGACCUGGUCGCACAUUCGCUGAGGUGCAUGGAGCCGUGUUGCCAUACUUCAAUAUUGUGAACGACACAUUCACACUUCCAGCUCUCCAAGAACUCAUGAAGUAUCGUGUGAUUGUCACGACCUGCCGCGACUCUUCUCUGCUUGCUCGAGCAAGGACAACUAAUGCAGACCUUUACACGGUCGAGAAUGCCCUACAACGCCUAACUAGCUCUUUCCACCCGCUCGAAUCUGCCCCCGAGAACACCAAACUCCAUUGGUCUGCUCUCCUCCUUGACGAGGCCGCGCAAGCCACCGAGCCUGAGGCUUUGAUACCUUUGACCGUCGUCGCGCCGUCUCUGAAUUCUCCCGAGACCCUAUCACCGCUUUUUGUCAUGGCUGGUGAUGAGCAUCAACUAGGCCCACGAACGUCACUCCCUUCGUCGCCUCUCAAGACAUCUCUUUUCGCCCGGCUUUUCAGGCGUCCGGUUUAUGCAGAGCAUCCCCUUGCAAGAGGAAAGACAUUGACGCAGUCUUUGCUACCAAUCCCCUGCCCUGCUUUUGCCAACCUGAAGCGGAAUUAUCGCUCUCAUCCAGCCAUUCUCGCAAUUCCAUCCAGUCUUUUCUAUGCUGACGACCUGGAACCAGAAGCUAGCGAUAUCAACAGACUGGCAGACUGGGAUGGGUGGCGUGGCCGGGGUUGGCCGGUGCUAUUUCACAACAAUGCCUCUCAAGACGAAAUCGAGCUUCCAGGGUUGAUGGAGGGCACGGGUGGCUGGUUCAAUGCCGGAGAGACUGAGCUUGCCUGUCAAUACGCCGCGUCACUCGUGGCAUCGGGCCUGGUUGAGCAGAGGGAGGUCUGCAUCAUGUCACCGUUCAAAGCACAAGUUCAACGAUUGCGAAAGCGCAUGCGGGACCGCCGGCUGUGGGAUGUGAACAUUGGCCCACUGGAAGCAUUCCAAGGGCUGGAACGAGGAGUGGUGAUCCUCUGCGUGACAAGGUCGAGAGCAAAUUUCCUGGAGCAAGACCAACGCAUGGGAUUGGGCGUUAUUGAUGAAGCAAACAAGAUGAACGUAGCCCUGACGAGAGCCAAGUUCGGGCUGAUUGUCAUUGGUGGACGGGAGCUUCUAAUUGAAGAUCCUAACUGGAAAGCAUUUAUGCAGUUCUGCGAGCGAAAUGGCCUGACUGCCGGAGAGGCAGAGGUCAACGGCCAUAACGCCCAUGACGACAGCCCACAGCAUUUGAGUCGACUGGAGAGAAGGCUUCUUGAUAAGGAGAGGAACUCGAAUUUGCAGCCUGUGAACGAGGGAUGGGGAAAGCAAUACGCCUUGGGACCGGAUCAGGAGAUGUGGACGGAAGGCAUGGUUGAGGCACCACCGGAAAUUUCUGAGGACGGAUAUUGA